UCAGUCGUAGCCCCCCGCUCUCAUCUUCUUCUUCUUCGAAAUCACACGACCUCGUCAUCCCUGCCUCUCUUCUCUCCAUCAAGAUCUCCGGCGAGUCAAGCUUCUGUUCGUCAUUAGCCCAAGCCACCACAUCCCGAGCCGCUCCCCUUUUGGUCAGCUAUCUCCUCUAUGUCGCGACGUCCGAAUUUGAAGUGAGUGGAUUGUGUUUGCUCCAACCGAUGUUUGUCCACGAAGCUCCGACCGCUGUUGUUGCAUCUCCACGAACCCAGUCGCCGCUGUCACGAUCUCCUAUUCACAUGGAGCUUGUCGUACCAUCCAUCUUUCUCCAUAGCACUCUGCCUCACCAGGACGUGCUUUCCUCGCCAUUGAAGAAGCCUUCGUCCUUAAGCAGCCAUGUCUCAAGUGUGGGUGCAUAGUUUCUAUUAAUUAUAGAGUAUUUAUGGAUGCGGGUGCAUAGUUUGGAUUAAUUAUAGGAUAUUUGUGGAUUCUGUUAAAAAUGUAUCUAGAAAUCAUAUUUGUCAAUUAGUUAGGGGCAUUUAAGGCAUUGUUCUCCAAUUUAUUAUUUAAAAAUGUUCUGUUUUGCUAUUUUGUCGAUUUAAAGAUAAAAUCGUCAUUUAUUUGUAAUAAUCUCUAAUUUUGCCGUAGUUUUUGUCGGUUUUUUUUUUUUUUUUGAAAGUGGGCUAAUUUUAAAAUAUAAAACUAAACCUGUGUUGUGUUUUCCUUUUUCCCAUUUUGUUCUCCAACAAAUGCUUCCAUUUCUCAAUUUGCUCUCAAAUCUAUCAUUCCUCAUUUGUAAACCAAAUUCUCCAUCAAAUUAAUCUUCAUCUUCUUCCCAAUCCUUACUGAUCUCCAUCAAAUUCUUGUUUCAAUAUUCCUCCAACCUAAAAUCAUUGAAAAAUCCUCUUCUCUACAACCAAAUAAAUUCCACUUACAACCCUUCGAUCCACUCCAUAACCCUUCACUUCCUCUUCAUCGCCGUCUGUUUUCUCAACUGCCGGCGAUGUCUAACUGUACCGUCGAGUCUUGUAAAGUCGAAACAAGUGAUGGGGUAAAGCUUCACACAAGGGUUUUCAAACCAAAAGAUGAGGUAGCGAAGGAAAUUGAGAAUUUGGGUGUUGUCUUGGUCCAUCCUUAUUCCAUUUUGGGUGGUUGUCAAGGGCUUUUGAGAGGAAUAGCUGCUGGGUUAGCGGAAAAGGGUUAUAAAGCUGUGACUUUUGAUAUGAGGGGUGCUGGGAAAUCGUCUGGAAGGGCUUCUUUGACUGGAUUUGCUGAAAUUAAAGAUGUAAUUGCUGUUUGCAAAUGGGUUUGUGAGAAUUUGUCGGUUCAUCGAAUUUUGUUGGUGGGUUCUUCUGCAGGUGCCCCUAUUGCAGGCUCAUCUGUGGAUUUGAUAGAACAAGUGGUAGGUUAUGUUAGCCUUGGCUAUCCUUUUGGCUUAGCUGCCUCAAUUCUUUUUGGAAGACACCACAAAGCCAUUUUACAUUCUCCAAAACCAAAACUUUUUGUGAUGGGCACACGGGACGGUUUCACGAGCGUGAAACAAUUGCAGAACAAGCUAAAAUCUGCAGCAGGACGUGUUGAAACACAUCUUAUAGAAGGUGUGAGUCACUUUGAAAUGGAAGGCCCUGCAUAUGAUGCUCAAAUGGUGAAUCUUAUCCUUCAUUUUAUAUCUUCUUUGUAGGAAAUCAACUUUGCUUAGAAUAUUUGUGUGGGAGUAACCCUUAUUACAUUGUGCAUUAAGCUUUGUAAUAUUGAUUCCUUGUGUGUUGUGUAGGAAAUUUAAAGGUUCACUCAACAAAUUUUGUAUCACUAAAGUGAAAAAAGCAAAACAAAAAAUAUUCCAUAGCGUUAGACA